UACUGUUUUCGGACACCUAGGGAUGCGUUUUAGGCCCUGUGCACCGUUUAGCGCCGCCUGCGGGCCGGCCGUCACCUGCGAGUCCGCUGACCCUGAACGACCCCCAGUUGCGGCGCACCGGAAGUGCUUGUCCCUUUGUGCGUCUCUUGCCCGGAAGUGGUUCCUUUCCUUUUCCCCUCCCUCGGGGCGGUCCCUGUGUCUCUAAGGGCGGGUUCCCGGGACUAGGUUUUGGCCCCGGAUGUCACGCAGCUUUUUUUUUUUUUCUUUCAGGAGUUACCUUUGAUUUUUUUUUACCCACGUAUGAUCGGAAAGGCAGGACAUGGUUGCACAGUGCUUGGGCGCCGCUCACGCCCGUCAGUCAGCCUCGCGCUGUGUGACCUUGGGCAGGUUGCACAACCUCUCUGAGCUGCCCAGGCGACUCAGCUGCUAACUUGUAAAGAUGCUGCCACAGCGAGCCCUGGACAGACGGCAGCCACUGUUUCAUCCUGGGGCACCAUUGGCUCUGGACGCACUUUAGAAGCACCUUUAAACGGUGGCCAAGCCGGCUGACAUCCCCACCCACCUUCAAAGGCCUGACACAUGUCUCUCUCCAUUCACAGUGCCUUCCCUGUGUCAUUCUUCAUAACCAAGCCUGGUGGAAUGUCAGCCUUCCUGGUUGACGGCUUCCUAGGUCCUUUUAAAGGACAGAUGUACUUCUCACUGAGAAUGGGAGAGUCUGAAACAUGCAAGACUCUGUGCAGUGAGCAAAAGAGAGGAAGGAAGUCCCCCGAAGGGCCUUGACCUCGGGCUCUUUCUUUCUGCCCCAUUUGGGGUGCCAGUCGGCUGGGCUCUGCCUCCUGAGCACACGGUGCGCAAGCGCCAUGGAUGUGACAACUAACGGCAUGCUUUGUUGUUCAUGCUCCCCCGUAGCCUUGGAGACAGCGGACCCCGAAGCACCCCAGUGCCUGAGCCUAGCAUGACCGCAUUGCGCUGUGCACUCCUUACAGCCACUGGGAUCGAGUGACGGGAAGGGGACGUGUACCUCGGGGAUGCAGACGGACACACUCCACCCUUAAUCCUUGCACCGGCCUCUCUCCGUGGUCCAGCGCGGUCCUCCAGCCAGAGCAUCCCCCGGGAAGCCUAAGAGAAAGGAAGACGCUUGCACGAGAGCCCCCCCAUCCCGGCUGGCGACGCGGACCGACGUGACCAGCCUUGGUCAGACUGCAGGGCUGGGCUGCUUCAAGGUGAUGCGGUGACAUGGGCCGCGUACGGAGAGACACGUGCACGUAGCCACCCUCGGUGGUCCUGCACGUGGGCGCCGCCCGAGUGUGUGCGUGGAGGAGACGCACAGACACGUGUCCCCGGGCAGGCUGGGCGAACGCCUCGUCCGGGGAGCCUCUGCGGAAGGGAAAGGCGUGCUCACCUGUCAUCACCUCCCUUGCUGUCUCAGCGCCAAGCAUGACGCUCAAGUGUACGAUGAACCCAUAUUUGCUCUGGAGGUUGGAUCGAAGGAAAUCACCCAUGCGAUGCGCGUGUCCGCGCGAACCCUGUGCUGGCACGGAGCGCGCCCGGCUGCAAGAACUCCGUUCCUCUUCGUCGGGGAUGGAGGAGUCCGGUGGGCAGGCAGGCGUCCGACGGAUAACGAACGGCCACGUGCGCUGGCAGCGCCACCCGGCUGCCCUGGUGUCUGCCCUGAGCGAGAAGAGGAAACCUUUAGGUCUGGGCAGUACCUACAGGCACGGCCGGCACAAAAGCGAGGUGCCCACACCUGACAGCUCCUUUCCCCGCCCCCCGCUUCCUCCCACGAGCGUGUAUCCUGUAUUCCGUAAAGCGGGAGAGACGCACAGGCCAAGGGCCGCCCGCCUCACCUCCGCCCCGAGCACAGGCCCUCAGCUCGGAGCCUCUGAGCCUGAGCCCGUCUUCAGCCUCCCGUGCAGGUCGCGUGACUUCCUCUCCCGGCGUGGGCACCUGCUCGCACACGAACACCUGCCUCUGCGGGCCCCGCUGCACCCACUCCGUGCCUCGUGGAAGCAAUCCCUCGUGUUGAGAGCGCCGUGGAGUUCAGAGAAAGGCGCUUGUGCCGCCGGGACCUGGAAGAGAACGUCGCCUCUGCACCCCCAGAGAGACAGGCUGCACGUCUUCCCACCGAUGGCCGUGUCCGAGGAUGACAGAGCCCAAGCGGCCACCCGCGAGGGUCCCCUGAGCUGUGGAGGGGGCCCACCCGGGGGGAACCGGGGCCCAGGGAGAGAGAGGGGGACGCACCGAGGUGUGCCGGCGUUUCUCGGGCCUGCGGGUGCACCUGUGGCCGGCCAUCCCGCACGCCCCGCACCUGCGCCUUCUGUUUUCUUAACCUGGUGGGAGCUGUUUUCAAGUCAUGCAAGCAAACCAGCUCUCGCUAAUGCAAGUGUUUUUCCCUCUGCACCUGUUUUCUCCCUGUUAGAAAUAUACGGGAAGAGCCGACUCUUUAGAGGAAUGCUGGGUGAAUUCUUUCUAAAUGGAAGGAUUUUUUCACAAAAAGUGUACGACAUAUAUAUGUAAUAAUAAUAUCUCAUGUAUUUCUGUCGUAUAGGCCUAUAUACGUAUACUUAACAAAAGACUGAGAACAUUUCAAAACAGAAAUAGGCAUCCUUAGGAAAUGUACGUCGUGGUCGGAUACAUGGGAGACUGUAUACUAAUCUGUAGGUCUUCCUUACAUGGCGUAGAAACUAAGGAUCAAGUUAUUCCUAGUCAAGAGAAACCGCUUUCAAACGUGAUACGUAUUUAUAAGCUUCACGGUAACACGUGCAAGGUCCCAAAUGUGAUAUUAUACACAUUGAGCUGAGACACAGAGGUGGUAGAGCUUCUCGGAGUGUUUCUGUUAUUGUAUUAGAAUUACUGAAUUACCGAGGUCACCCCGAUACGCUGUACAAGCGUAAGAUCGAGCCGAUAAGC